UUUUCUUGGUGGACUUAACCCCUCACACACCUGAGGGCAAGCUUUGUGCUCUCGGGGCUGUGAUAUCCCGCUGUAUAGCAGCCAGCCCCAUCCCGGGCUGGAUUUCCUCAGGGCUGCUGGAAUACAAAUCCAAGCAGCAGUGACACGGGGCUGACUGUGCACAAAAGGAAGACUUCCUUUUUUCGGUGCCUGUUACUAGGAAGCGCCGAUGGAGUCACGGAGUGCACAGAGGAAGGUGCUUGUGCAGGAGAACUGAGCAGUGAAGGGCAGAAACCUGUCCCACUGUAAAAUGGAGGUACCACAUCUCUCAGGGGACAAGCCUGCAAGGGGCCGCUUCAUCCUUUGGAAUGAAAAAUCAUGGGCUCAAACUGGCUUCACGAUUCCUCGUGUAUUUGUGGCACUGGAGAACCCAGCUUUACAUGGAGCAGACUUCGGGGGAACUGAUUCAUGCCAGUCGGCUGGGACAAGCCAGGACAUUUGUGUGCACUAGGCCGCUCCGCACACGCUUCGUCCACGUCACAAAGGCGUUUUGUGGUUUUCUUCGGUUCCUGGAACAUCCAGUCCAGCUCGUACAACAGCGCUGGCUCGCGCAGGCCCUACUGGCAGCCUGUUGGCUCCGGAGCACACAGAUCACGGAAGGGUCUCGAGGGAUGCCACUCUGCUUCUCUCCUCUGCCCCUUGUUCCACUGUCAGACUCAUCGGGGAGUUCUAGGUUGCCCCACUGAAUACUCACACUGGGAUCUUUUGUUCGCCCCAUCCUGAUUCUGCCUCGGGGUUUCUCCUGUAACUCAUUAGCUGUUCUCACUCGGAGGCUCUGCUACCAAUGCCUCUCUCAGAGAAGCCUGCAGUAAAGUUCCACCUUCUCCGUGGCCAGCUGUCUUCCCUUCUCCAUGGGCAGUAGCAAGCCCUGCACUUUCCUCUCUCAUCCCCCAUUUCUUCAGCUUAUUCCCUUUGUUUUUACAGUCUUGGCAGGUCAGCUCUGGAGCCUUUGCCCCUUACCCUUCUCCAUCACACUCUGACACAUCUGGGAAUUCCUCCCAUGCCCAUUCAGACGGUCUGCUCUCUGCCUUGUAGGAGCACAACUCACAGCCCCUCUGGGCACGCCUGUGCUGUACGUUAGGGUUGAGAGUCCCAGGAGCACUGGAAGGCAUGGGGCAAGCAUCCUAGGAGCUGCGUCAAUGGUGCUGCAUGAGAGACGCACACUGGAGAUGCACAUCCUCAAGCCCCCUGGCAUUUAGGGAAUCCCUGUUUUACGGGUGGAGGUACAGAGACCAAUUCAGUAAAUUUUUUGGAUCCCAAGUCUACAUUUCAAACAGACACCUAAGCUGUCAAAAUCCAUGCAGCUCAUAUUUCCUGUGAUUACAGCUUCUAUUAUCUGUUAUUGGAGCCUCACUCCUACUUCCUCUUCCUGCUUUGGCUUCCCUCUCCUCACCCACUGACUUCCCCUGUCUUUAUUGUACCCACAUGUUAGUGCCACGAAGUGAAUUUAUCUGUGCUUCUCCAGGUCCACGUGGAAAGGACGUCCUCCAUCCCCAGCAAAUAGCCCUUUAUCUCUUUCUCCUGAAUCGUUUGUGCUCUUCUGCAGGGCAUUCGUUCUCUCUUGAGCACUCAGCGGCUUACCUAAAUCAGUGUCACUUACGCCUAUCACUCCUGUUCCUCCUGCUCAGCCUCAUUCCUUCCCUAACGAAGGCUUCUUCUGCUGCAGUUUAUGUCUCCAGCUUUUAUCCACCUUCGAGGUCCAGCUGUGUUUUGUCUUCUUCUGUCCUCUGGCAGUCUGGGACUUGCCACACUGAGCAAUCCUACAGCAAGUCACGACGAUAUAACGUUUGACUUACCUUAUGCCUCUAUGGGCCUUAGUCUUAGCUUUGCAGCUCUGUUUUCUUCACGUCUGGCUCUCAGGGCCAGCUCUGUGGGCCUCUGCUUGGGUUUGAGCAUUUACCCCAUGCAGGCACAACAGAAUAUGUGUUUUAUGUCCCUGUAGGUGCCUUGUAAAUGGGAGGAGCAGCGAAAAGGUCUUGAACGGUGGCACUGGCAAAACGAGUGCUCUGGUCAGCAACACGGGGGCCUGCCUUGUCUUCGCUCACUCCGCCUGUGCCUCUGUGACCGAUGUUCCUUCUCUUAGCUUCCAACCUGCAGGCAUCUCCUGGACCUCUGUUGUUUAUGACACUGCAAUUUGUUGCCUUGGAAAUAAGUGCUGUUUUAUCCCAAACAGAGCCUACAGAUUCGCAGCGCAAUCCCGCAAGAGGAGCAGAUGGUUUCCCCCAUCUCCUCUGUCUUAUUUCCCACUGUCCUCGUCCGCAGUUGGAUGACAGGAACCUAUGAUUCAGCGCAAGUGUCCGUGGCCCAGCUAUAGCUACCAAUGUAAACUGGGGAGCCAUGUUUCUGCUGGGAUGUGACAUGCCUUUGGGUCUAGCAUCACCAUUUUGGCUUCUUGUAAGCGGAACUCGACUAAAACCCUAAAAUAAACAACUUUUCUUGCUGACUUCAGUGGUGUCCAUGACUGAAGCGCAGAAAGAAAGUUUGGCACCUGCAGUUUCUGUUUCCCAGGACUUUGUAGUAUCUCUUCUUAAGCUCUCGGCCCUCUGCAAGCUCAUUUUAUUAUUUCGUAUGUCGCACUUUGGACAAUGUACCCCUGUACUCCCUGCAGACACUGCGUUUCCUCACCUGCAGCCCUCCUGGGCUGAAGCUCAGCCGCAGUUUGGCGCUGGCUAUGUGAGGCAGGUGCUUGUACCCGGGGGACCACCAUGCUGACUGCCAGAGGUUCCUGGCACCGGGUGCCAGGGAGUUAAGCAGCCGGGCUGUGAGUGUGCAAACAAACAGCGAGACCUGUGCUAACAGCCCUGCUUUGUGCUAGCGGGAAGCACAGGCUCCAACUUCUUCCGAUUUCUCACCUGUCCAGACUGGUACAGAGAGAAAAUGCCUCUUGGAGCUGCAGCGAAAACCACACCUAUUUACAGUGGAUUCCCCAGGGCCCUCCUGUGGGGUAUUAACCCUCCAAAUGCUUCCUUCGGCACGGCAAAUCCCCCACCUGGUUUUCCUGGGGAAACCAGCCCUCCUGCUGCCGCAGAGACCUCCUCUGUUUGCGGCCCAGGGCAUUGGCUCCUCCGCUGCCUAGAGCAGGUCCCCGCUUUUCCUUCCCUCCCCAUCUGUGCGGCUAUCUCCGUCCUUUGGCCAGCUGUGUGCUGGGGCUCUUUCUGCCCAGAAAGCAGGGCUGCCUCCGCUGCGUUGUGCUCUUCUCAGACCCCACCAAGUUUCCCUGAGAUACCAGCUCAUCCCUCCCCCUCGAAAUACCCUUUGCGCUCUUCAGCCCUCUUCCCGGUCUCACUGUUUGCUUUCCCUCUUUUCCCUGGUUUCGGAGUUUUCUGGGAAGGAAUCCCGUGCCCCGGCCUCCCCAGUGUUGUGUUGUUGUUUUUCCCUCAGUCGCUAUGGGCAGGGACCUCGAGCCCAAGCCAAGGAAGGGAGGGAAGAAGGGAGGCAGAGAGAGAAGGAGGGAGCACAGGGGGAGGGACGGAGGAAGCCAGGAAAGCCAGAAGGCAAAGUGUGCAGGGGAGCAGGGUGAGGAAGGCACGGGGAAGGAAUGCAAUGGGGAAGGAGGAUGGAGGGCCUUGUGCAAAGAAGGAGUUUGGGGGACCUAUCCAGGAGAGGUUUUUCAUUGGUUCUUUUAUUAAUAACGCUGCUGCAGCAGACAGCAAUCUCCCGAGGAAGGCAAGGAACCCCCCAUCUGCCUGGGAUGCGAGGCAGGAGAGGUUAUUCAAGGCAAAGAGACAUCCUUCAGAAAAUGAACAUCCAAGCCCAGGGCAGGCAGCGGGAGCACAGACUGCAGCAGGGAAAAUGCAGGAUGGGAAUUUGGUGGGUAAGGAGAGAACGUGAAGCAAAAAGACCCAGAAAAAAAAUAUAUAGGACCUUAUAUAAGUCCGUUGGAAGUGAGAAGCCUGGAAGAGGUCUGACAGACUUUCUGCGAACGGGGAAGAAAGUAGAGCAGCUAAGGGAAGUAAGGACACUGCAGAGAAGCUAAAUCAUUCCUAUACCCACAAGAAAAAAACACAACCCCCAUAACAGUGCAGUUCAGUGUACAGAUGAGGCACCCUCGGGCAGGAGAACUUAUAAAAGGAAAUGCUGGUGUGUUAGAAAACAGCAGUCCCUGGGAUCAGGCACCAGCGCCUCGGGAACAGAAUGACUGAUGGGGACCAGCAGCUGUGCACAGAAAUAGGGGAGGGCAGAGUGAGCCAAGGAAUUGCGGACACAGGUCUUAUUUCAGUGCCAGGUACAUCGGUCAUUUAGGGUCUGCGUGUCCCCUCGGCACACCCACCUGCCCUGCUACACAGCAAGAAAAAUCUGCAGCUCCCUUCCCUCCGCAAAGGAGAGUGGUGCUCCCGGAGCUGCUGGAAGUUCUGCAGCGUUUCCUGCCGUAGGAAGUACAGCAGAGCACAGAUUUUAAAAAGGCGUGUGAGCAGGGUCUUUCAAAGGAACUUCUCGACGAGGCUAAGUGGCCACGGGGUGAUCUGUGCGGGCACUGCUGGAAUACUUCAAAGGAGGAGAAGCCAAAGGCCCCGAAGGCUCAGAGUGGUUCGUGCCUGGGAACCAUGCAGGGAUGGUUUUAUAGUCGGAUGGAAACUAAUCCAGACGUUACCGUAGAGCCACUCGGGGAGCCUGGGAUGCACCUUCGUUGGGGAUAAUUCUCUGUAUGCUUCUCAACACCCAUGCUGGGAAAAAUAGGGGAGAUACAGGCAGAUAACGAAAGCUAUUAGGAGGAUGAAAACACUUCCAUGUGAGCAGAGGUUGCAAGAAACACAGCAUUUGAGUUUACAAAGAAGAUAAAUGGUAAUAGGAUAUGAGUUGGAUGGGACUAUAACUUUUUUAGGAGAGGCUAUAUACUUCAAAGUCUAAGCCAAUGCCUAGCUGACAAAGAUAAGAAGGAAAUUCCUCUCUGGAGAGGUUAUUCCACAACUGUCCAACAAAGAUAAUUUAACUGAAGGAUCCAGCCCUGCCAGAGGCAGGCUCUUAAGCAACAUUUGCCAGCCCUGGUAUCUAAUCAGCCCUGUUUUUAUAAACAAGCAGCUUGGGGAUCAAUCAGCCUGACAGUCCGUGUCCCUCAGGGCGAUGUCUGACCCCCGUGGGCUCAGCACCGACCAUCUCCAGCCCCGACCUGGCCGCUUUCCCCAAAAACUUCCCAGUGGUGACCUGGGGCAGCACGCCAUCCUCUUGCUCCUACUGCUUGUGUGAUUCGUCUUUCUGAUCCCCAGCCCUAUUCUGCGAAGUGAC